UAUUUAAAGUUUCAGCAGUAUGAAUUCAAACAAUGAAUGAAAAUAUUGCCCCAGAAAAACGUGUUAAUGUUGAUGUUGAUGAUGAGUCAGAGAAGAAACGCAUCCACAGACAGCACCGACGGCGCUGAAACUAAACAGUUUAUCAUCUACAGGAAACUCAUUCUCCUCCCCUACGCCACCCCUUCCUUCCAAAUCUCUCUUCCUCAUCCUCCUCAUCCUCCUCUCCAUGCCGCCGGAGACGGACUCCAAGUCGGUGCCAUGGCGAAGAUCCGAGUGUCGUACGAGUACUCGGAGGCCGAGGACAAAAGUAUCCGGUUGGGCUUGUUCCUGAUCGCCUGCGGGAUCCUCAGCCUCUUCAUCCUGGGAUUCUGUUGGCUCAACCCGACGCUGCAAAGUCUCCAGAGCAAACCAGCCAACUGCACGGUGGUUUCUGUCUCACAUCCUGAGGAGAUGUUUGAGUGCGUGUUCACAUGUGGCGCUGACUGCAAGGGGAUGUCUCUGUAUCCCUGUCUCCAAAUCUUCGUCAACAACUCUGAGUCCAACUCUGUGGCACUGUUGCACUUCGAUGAACAACAGCUGCUCCUCAACCCUAAGUGUUCGUACGUCCCCCCCUGUGAGAGGGACAACCAGAAAAACAAAGACAGUGUCCUGUGGUGGGAAGAUUACUUCACCAAAGAGGUCAGCAGCCAUUCCUUCACCUGCUUCUUCAACCAGCAGAGGAGACCUGAUGAUGUUCUGUGGCGGCGUUCCCAUGACAACAGUGUCCUGCUCCAUUGCGUCCUCUGGCCAAUGGUGUCACUUCUUCUGGGCACUCUCAUCGUUCUUCUGACAAUGUGUGCCCGAUCCCUGGCUGUCAGAGCCGAGGCUCUCCAGAAGAGGAAGUGCUCUUAUGAGGUUUGUCAGGACCUGUCCCUCAGACCUUCAGACCAUCAUGGCACCAGGACUGAAGACCUGCUCUCAACAAACUCUGAUCCCGAGUUGUCGUCACUGACAAGAACCCUGCCACUGUUUGCGGUUCCAGUGCGGCGUCGCGAUCGAGAACACUGAAGCAAAGUAGAGAAGCGUUAAUUAAAUCGCUGCUUACAAGCCAAUAGUGAAGUCAAGUUUUUGGUUAACGAUGUGGACGACAAUUUACUGCUCUCUGGUGGCACAUGUAUAAUCUGUAAACACGAGGUGACAAAGAACAAGAGGAGGAGAGAAUGUUCAAGUGGUCCGAGGAGAGACAAUUUUGUCAUCUUCCCUCUGAUUGUGUGAAUAAUGAGAACUUAUUUAACUUAUUCAGUCCUAUACCCCGUGUAGUUCUUUACCAACCACCAGGGGAACAGGAUUGAGAUGAUCUUAACUGACUUGUGACUUGCAGCUCUAAUAGUUACUAUAUGUGAACCAAACCAAACCAAACUCCCUACUGGCAGGUUCAGGUUAGCAUCUGCUCUUUUGGUAGGUUACUAGAAAGAUGUGUAAUACACGGCCUUUACCCAUAAUCCUCCACUGUCUUAUAUUUAUAUUCCCAGGUAGCCAAAGCUCACUGUGAACGUUAUUGUCUGACCAGCUGAUUAAUCCAUGUAGCAGAAACUUCAGGAACAGUUGUGGUAAUAAAAUUCCAAACUUUGACUAAAAUCAACAUUGGGUGAAAUGAAAAAGUGUGUUUUUUUAAAUGACGUUGAAAGAUGACAACGUCGGGUGAAGGAUGUGGUUGGCUGUUUUCCCAGCUGCUAGCACUGUUUGUUUGUUUACAUCAAAUGCCUUAAGCUUAUUUCAGGGUUUGAUUAAAAAAAAACAGUUGCAGGAUUAUCAGGUUUUCUCCACGGUUCACAAACAAACAGAUUAUUGUUUACUCUAAACCAACCAUCGGUGUGAAUGUGAGUGUGACUAGUCAUUGCCCUGUCUCUGUGACACUGUGGUUGACAACUGUCCAGGGUGUUACCUGGUCACAGAAGAAGAAUUGUUCUGAACUUGUACAAAGGGAAAUAAAUAAAAAAAAAAUUACAAAGUAAAAUAUAUUAUUAUAUAUGUGGAAAACCUAUAGCCAUAAAAAUAAAGCUUACCUUAUUGUGACAUUAUCUUUCAUAUAGACGGUUGUGGUGUGAAUGCCUUUGAUACUGCAUCUAAACUGCAUUAAUAGUCUCUACACUCCAGUACCAGUACAUGCUACUGUACUUGGCAGUAGGAGCACAGUUGUGUCCAGUAAUGGACUUACAGUAUAUUAUACUGCAAAGAUAUUAAAGAGCAGCUGCCCAGCAGAACAGCCAAUUUGACUUUAAAAUGUCUUGUGAUUGGUCAAAAUCUUGAUUGACAGGCCGAGUCUGUUUUAAGUUAACCUGGUUUGUUUGAUGCUCCACUCCACCACACGGUCCUUCGUCCUCUGGGUCUGUUUGAAGGCUUCCAGCAGCACAUUGAGGACAAACAUGUGGGUCAGUAGAAUAAAGUAGCUCAUAUCUUUGUCCUAAAAAGACAAACUGACAGGCUUUUGUCCUUAGUGGAACUUUUAGAAAACUGGGAGGUGAAAGUAGACCCUGAAGCAGGUCGGUUUGGUCUGGACCUGCUUCUGGGUCUGAAGACAGAUAGCGAUCCUCUUGUCAAAGUUUUUGUGGUCAUUUGUAAUCUUGACAGGAGAUUUAAAACAGUUGGGAAGAAAAUAUCCUCAGUUUUUUUCUCUGUCGGUGUUUCCACUGUAAACACAACUGUGCUAACACUGACGGUGUCCAACUGGACCAAACUAUGAAAACUAACAGUUCACAGACACUGAACUACCGACACAACAAAAGGCUAAAAUACACAAGAAGAAGAAAAAGGCAUUAAAAUAAUUGUAAAACCUGCUGAAGUAGCGUUUGACACCGUAUUUUCCAACGCUCCUGAAGUAGCAUGUGAGGAGUGGGACCUGGAGAGCCCUGAUUGGCCACCCUGGGUUGGGGUCUGUGCUCAUUGGCAGACUGACUGAUUGACAGUCUAAUUAGUGUAUGAGAGGUAGAGGGAGGGGUGGUGGUGGGGUGGUCUGUUGUCAAUCACAUCCAUAUUGUCAGUUAUUCUGUGUUUCAAAUGCUGCCAUGGAAUAAACAGAUAUUCAAUACGUCAUCUUCAAAUGGACAUGU